AUGACCAGAAAGUCUGCGAAGAAAAGUGGCGUAUGUGGAUCUGGGAGGCAUAAGAUAUUACGAAAACCCGAAGCAGUUCAAGAAGACGCGGAAGUGGGUACCACAGACAGUGCUUCUGUUGAAAGGCAAGAUUCAGAUGAGGAGUUUGCAGAGCCGGGACCAGAUAAUAUGUUUUCCGAUCCUGAUGUAUGCGACAGUCUUGAUGAAACAGAGGCAAGUAGCGACUAUCAAGGACUGAGAUCAAAAACAUCCAAAUCUGGGGGUGUGCCAAACACCGAGGUUUCUUAA